AACCCUUGUUUUUGUUUCAGAUGGAGAGGAAGCGUGUACAAAUUAGUAUGGAGGGAGUUAAUAGCGUAUUUAUUUGUAUAUUAUUCAAUAAAUAUUGUAUAUAGGUUUGCUUUAAAUGAUCACCAAAAAAGAUUAUUCGAAAAAAUUCGUAUAUAUUUCGGACAACAAAGUGAGACUAUACCAAUGUCCUUUGUGUUAGGGUUUUACGUAUCUUUAGUAGUAACAAGAUGGUGGGAUCAGUACAAAAUGCUGCCUUGGCCAGAUACUUUAGCGUUAUUUUUAAAUGCGGCCAUUCCAGGCGGGGAUGAAAGACAAAGACUGAUGAGAAGAAAUAUAAUUAGAUAUAUAAUUUUAGCGUUCGUCAUUACGAUGCAACGGGUGUCUCUUAGGAUUAAAAAAAGGUUUCCAACGUACCAACAUAUCGUCGACUCAGGUCUUAUGCUGGAGAACGAGAAGAAGAUUUUCGAACUGAUGGACGUCAAGACGCCGAUGUCGAAAUAUUGGAUGCCGCUAGUUUGGGCGACCAACAUCAUCAAUCGGGCGAGAAAGGAGUCUCUGAUAAAAAGCGAUCAAAUUGUGCAGACCCUUUUGACUGAAUUAUCGGAUAUUAGGAGACGAUUGGGUGGUUUGAUUGGUUACGAUACGGUGUGCGUUCCGUUAGUUUACACACAGGUUGUAACGUUAACGUUGUACGCGUACUUCAUCGCUGCGCUGAUGGGACGACAGUUUAUACCAGACGCGCCAAAUUUGCAUGAGAAGAUCGAAUCGCCCGAUAUGUACUUUCCGUUCUUCACCGUCUUGCAGUUUUGCUUUUACGUCGGAUGGUUGAAGGUGGCUGAGGUAUUGAUCAAUCCUUUCGGCGAGGACGACGACGACUUUGAGCUGAACUGGAUGAUUGAUCGACAUAUCAAGGCUGGCUAUAUGAUUGUAGACGAAAUGCACGAAGAACACCCAGAACUCCUCAAAGAUCAGUAUUGGGACGAGGUGGUGCCCAAAGAGUUACCCUACACCGUAGCGUCGGAACAUUACCGCAGAGAAGAACCGAAGGGAUCCGCUGAGAAAUAUAAAGUAAAGUCAGCGGACGCAAUGUACGCUAAUUUGGUGACUCCCCAUAGGAAGAUAAUGGUCGAUGAUGCGUACGCCGAUUAUGAGAGCGUCGACACUCCAAUUGUAGAGAGGCGUAAAAACUCGAAUUGGUUUAGUCGGCAGAUUUCGAAGACGCGAGCGUCGGUGCGAUCUAUGUCGACCGCGUAUUCGUCUGGAGGUCUGUUCGCGCGUCAUCGUGGCAAUUCCGUAUACGCCAGUCCGGAAACUGGACAAUUGCCCGGACAGGUUCCUCCGCAAAAGAUGUCGAUUUAUGAUCGACUUGUCGGUCGAAGAUCAAGUAGAACCCAGAAGCUCGCGAAACAAGGGGGAGGAAAGCUGAAUGGUGGAACUGGCCCGAUUAAUGUCAAAAACAGACCAAGGAUACCGACGCCGGAUGUAACCAAGGAAGUAAUCGACAAAGAAAGUCGCUUUAUUUCCGCCCCAACACUACAAAACCAGAUGCCUCCAAGCGUGGCACUAGUUCCUCAUCAUUUAUCCUCUCCAUAUACUGGAGAGAUGCCCGUCCUUCAGGUGGUGCUGUCUCCUAUUCAGGAACUAGACGGUACCGGCUCUGUAAACAAUACUCUCCACGCGGGCCAGCCAGGCACAGCGGCGCUUGCCCAGGCGGUUUUGUCUCCUGGACUAGGUCCAGUAUUAACCACCCCCGUUAGUCUCCCUAUGACAGUCAGUCAACUUACAUCCCUCGGGCUAACGUCCAACGCAGCUAGUCCACUGCUAACCACCACCAACGUAAAUAUACAACCCAAAAGUCCCAUAUUCGUGCGCGCGUUUCACCCACCCACCCACACACCACCAGUACAGCACCACGUCGCACUCACAGAGCUGCACACACUAGACGACGAGACGGAAAGAAACAUCAGCAGUCGAAGCAGCGAGGCAUCCGCGGCGUCCGACGUCUCACACGCGUCAAAGGAAAGCAAAACCUCACACGCGUCAAACACGACGGCCUCAAUUGCCUCAAAGAAAUCGAACGAGUAUGAAGACCACGAGGAGGUCAUCAACAAGGGCGACUUAGUCAGCCUACUUCCCAGCAUGUCCUCCCCAAGUUCGAUCACCUCCUUCAUAUCGCACGAAGACAAUCGAAGCAGGAAGACUUCGAUAGCGUCCCAAAACAAUACAGGUUCCGCAAAAAGAGGGGAGGUGUACGUUUAAUACUAUCCACUGAAUUAAUUUAUUUGACGUUGAAAUUGUAU